AUGGCAUCAGAGGCUGCGGUCUCUGCUAUCAGCAGCAGGAAGGACUACUACUGGCUUCGCUCUGUCUUAGCUGGAGGUAAGCUCUUAAACAUCUGCCUGUUGCACCAGUGUCAGGUCUGUGAUGGUGUGAGGAAAGGGACAUUAUUAAACAUUUUUUACUGCAGACGAGGUAGUUCUUCUGCCUUAGUGUCUCAGUCUGAUUGCAUUUCCAUGAGUAAAUGAUCAAUAAAUGUUCUUCCUUGAGCUGCGUCACCCCUCAGCAGUAGAUGGACUCGUCCAGAGGUCUCCAUACAAACAAGCAGCUGCUGGAAGAGAGAGGUUGAGUCUCUUUGUUAAAGAAAUCAUGCAAAGUUAAAAAGAUGUUUGGUGGCUAAUACUAUGGCUGGGACCAUGUACUGUUGAUGACGUUAGGUGCUGUUCUGAGCAUUAUUUGUGGCUAUAGAGUGGCGUUUUGGUUGAGCGCGUGGCUCUCUGUAUUGCUAUCUGCGGUCGUCACUAAAGUUGGUAUAACUAGAGAAGCAAGCGGUCGGCAACAUUCAUCUCUCGUCGGGGUGUCUAACUCUGUGUUACGGUGUGUUUGACCCUAACUUAAUUUUAUGCUGGAAUAUCCCUUUAAAUGGUUAUGCAUUGUUAAAUGAAGCUGUCUCACAAUCAGAAGGUUGGGGGUUUGACCCCCUACUGUCCAAAUGCUGAAGUGUCCUUGGGCAAGACUCUUGACCCCACCUGUCCCUGCUGGUUGUGAAUGGGAAUGUCCUAAAACAGAUGGAUUCUAUACAUAGAAGCUUCUGCCAUCAGUGUGUGCAUGUGGUGUGUAUGGGUGACUGUGAUAUGGAACGUGAGAGCGCUUUGAGUGGUCAGAAGCACUAUAUAAAGAUAGUCAUUUUACCAUUUUAACCUGCAUUUGUAGAUGCAGCAAUAAAUUGUGUUCACAUGCAAUGGAUUCUUGGUGUGAUUUUGAGUCCAUGUAGUGAUUUCUAGUGAAGAGGCAUGUCUGGUUUUAAUGCAGAGUUGCUCCUGAUUCUGUGAAUCUUUUAAUGAGUGUUUUUAACCCUUUGUGAUUAAAUCCUCAAAUUUCUUUGAGGAUUCAGGAAGAUUUCCUCACACCGUCUCUCACAAAGUGCUGAAUCUCUUUCAAGCAUAACUUCUGAGAGAAUUAGCCUCUCCAUAGUGCCAUUUUUAUACUCAGUCAUGUUACUAAGCUGCUGCAAAUUAAUGAGAUAUAUUCCUGCAGGGUUUUUUUGGCAUUGCACAACUUUUCAGGUGUUUUCCACUUGUACCAACUGUUGUAAAACAUGUUACUGGCAUCAAAUGUUGUGAUUUUUCAGAAAACAGUUUGAUUUGUUGUCUUUGCAUUAUUUACUACUGAAUAAAUGUGUGUUCUUUAAGCGUAUUCUGUAAACAGCUAUUACAUUGAAGGCUGGUUAGCCGUAAAAUAGGCCUGCUCAUAAAACUAGUUCUUUCUUGUCCAUUUUGAAUUAGCUCUUCUCCAUAAAAAACAGGCUGAAUUUAAAGUCUUAUUUGACACUAUAUUUUGACAUCAUUCUUUGUUCAUAGAAGAGAAAUAAUGAUACUUGAUGGAAUGUCUGAGCCAUAGUUUGUCAUUUUUUCCUCUGUUUCAUCAUGUAGUGUAUGAAUGGCCUAAGAUUAUAAAAAGUCACAGGUCAUUCGGAUGAGAUUGAUUAUGAUAAAUGUUGAUAUCUUGUUUUUCUGCAUUUGCUUUAGGUGUUGCAGCAUGCUGCGCAAAAACCACCAUCGCUCCUCUGGACAGAGUCAAGAUUCUUCUCCAAGCACAGAACCCCCAUUACAAACAUUUAGGUAAAACAUCCGCUGACUGAUAUUCAGUGAGUGUUUGUUCUUCACAUGUCUGUGCCACACAGCUGAGGCUUGUGAUUACUCUUUGCAGGAGUUUUUUCCAUCCUCAGAGCUGUGCCCAAAAAAGAGGGCUUCAUCGGUUUGUAUAAGGGUAAUGGGGCCAUGAUGAUCAGGAUAUUUCCAUAUGGAGCCAUCCAGUUUAUGGCCUUUGACAAAUACAAGAAGGUACUUGACAAUCCUUAUUGUUGAAUAAAAUGUAAAGUGAUGUUGUUGUUUUGUGUACAAAGAUCUUGUGGAGCUAAUGGAGGUUCUUUUACAGCUGCUAAGCACACAGAUUGGGAUCUCAGGACACAUCCAUCGCCUCAUGGCUGGAUCUAUGGCAGGUAUGUGAUUUUUCUUACCCAUAAGACUUGUUUCUUUCCAGCCAGAUAAGAGAGAGGCAUCUAACUCUUUAAUAUCUGUAAAUAUCUUUCUUUUGUAAAGUGUUUUAUGAACUGACUGCAUCACUACAGUGCUUUAUUUGUGGUGUUUAAUUUGAGAUUUUUUAUGAGCAGGAAACUUAUUAAAAACACAACCUCAGUAGACGCAGCAGCCUCACUUUGUGUUUUGUUUCAGUAGAUUAUGACAGGGUAUACUAAUAAUACAAAUGGUGUUUUAUAAUCUGUGUUUCAGGGAUGACUGCAGUAAUAUGUACCUACCCUCUGGACAUGGUCCGAUCAAGACUGGCCUUCCAGGUGACGGGGUAUCAUCGCUACACUGGAAUUAUAAAUGCCUUCCACACCAUCUACCUUAAGGUAGUUUGCUAGACUUUCAACCUUUUAAACAAACUUACAGAUUCUGCAAACUUUUAAGACUUUCAAGAAGCCUGUUAAACCUGUUGUUCUUUUUUUUUGUGUGUAGGAGGGGGGCGUUUUGGGCUUCUAUAGAGGACUCACUCCAACACUUAUUGGAAUGGCGCCCUAUGCAGGUGAUUACAGAGAUUUUGUUUCACAGUUUUAUACAAAAAUUGAAAUUCAUGAAACAACAAUAAAUGUUGCUCCUUAUUCAUGUGACCAGCAGUCUUUGUGUUGCAUCAGUUCGACUCUUAUGUCAACAAUCCUUUUUUUUUUGUCCCCAAGGUUUCUCAUUCUUCACCUUUGGCACACUGAAGAGCCUCGGCUUGAAACACUUCCCAGAACUCCUGGGGCAGCCCUCUUCUGACAACCCUGACGUUCUGGUUCUGAAAACCCAAGUGAAUCUGUUGUGUGGUGGGGUUGCGGGAGCUAUUGCACAGACAAUAUCGUAAGUGCUCCACGACUCACGUGAAAGAUGAGCUGACAAACAGAAAUGGAGUUUGUAUUGAUCCGGCUGAUUCGAAGAUGUUUGAUGUGACACAUUGUGUUUCUGUGUCUAGAUAUCCCUUGGAUGUGGCGAGGAGAAGAAUGCAGUUAGGAACCGUGCUUCCAGACGCUGACAAAUGCGUGUAAGUGUCGCUGAUGUUCCUGCUCACUGAUUUCUGCAGCACAGAGAGCAGGAACUGUAGAUGCUGAUACACAUUUGCCAUUAGAUUUUAAAAAGAAGGAUGGAUAAAAAAAGCAUUUACUGUUAUGUCGUAAUGUUGUUGGUAAUAAUAGAGACUAAAUCAGGUCGCAAAACACAGAGCUGAUAAACUUCAUUGUUCCACAUGUAGAAAAGUUUUCUCUUUUCCACAUAUUUAGUUUGCACUUUCCCCUGCUUAUGCAGAUUUGGUGUAGUUCCCUCCCUCUUGUAAUUUUCCAGAUUAAACCAAAAUUACAGGAUUUUCUGCCCAGGAAAUGUGACCCACAUGAAAUCCCAAAAAACACUUGAGUUCAGGGGGUAAAUAGCUGUGACUGUGAAGAACUGUUUAAUUUCUUUUCCAAGAGAAAUCUGUUUGAUUUUAGCAAAAACUGAACCGUUGAAUUUAAAUGAAACACUGGUGGCUGAUUGUGUUUUUGCUGUGUUGUGUUCAUACUUCCAGAGUUAAUUACCUCCAGUUAAUGAUACAGUUGUGCUGUAGAUAAAGUAUGAGCAAGUUCGCACAUUAUAAGAUACCCGCUCUCUUUUCAUGACAAAGUCUCAAAUCCAAAGACCACAUCUCACAAACUGUUCUCACUCAAAGUAAAGAUAAAACAAACACAUUGAAUUAAACAAGCCUUUUUGUGUUACAUCAUGUUUUCAACAGCUUUUAAGAUUUAAUUGCCACAUUUAGAUAAAAUAAAAAGUGUCCAUGUGUGUAUUCAUCUCUCUGUAGAUUAUUCUGAUUUUUAUCAUGUUCACAGUCUAUUCUGUUUGCUCUUGUAAUGGGUGUACUUUUCAUCGUAACAUUCUCACAGAAGCAUUUUAUGAGCUUGUUAUCUCUGGACAUUACACUCUGUGACACCAUAUUACUUGGUGUCUUGACAGUUGUGUAACGACUACUUCACUGGUAAUUCGUCAUUUUAAGACUGGCAUCAUGACUUUACCCUCGUUGUGGGUUAAUCUGACUUACUUUUGUGCCCCUUCAAUUCUGUCUGUCUCUGGGGUACAAAUACUGCACAGAUAAGUGGUGCUGUUCACUGUUUAGGACAAAUCUAAUAUUAUUAUUAAGCCCCAUAUAGAUGAGUUUUUUGUCAGCUCAACAUAAAUCUUAGGACUUUUCUUGUAAAGUGUUGGGAUAUUUGUAAGUGUUUGAUUCUUUUGUUUUUCCACCUGAACAGAACAAUAAAGAAGACCCUGACAUAUGUGUAUCAGACAUAUGGGAUCAAGAAGGGACUGUACCGCGGCCUCUCCCUCAACUACAUCCGCUGUGUCCCCUCCCAGGCCAUCGCCUUCACCACCUACGAGUUCAUGAAGCAGGUCCUCCACCUGAACUAG